AUGGAGAAACUGCAAGGUGAAGAUUUGCAUGCAGGGCCUGGAAAUGAUCCAAACCCUAGUGGGUUUAAUGGUUUAGAGGAGCAAGAAGAAGCAUUGGGUGUUGAUGACAGACAGAUCUGGCUUUCAAAUGAUCAAGAUCAUCAACUUCUUGCUGAGGUUCGUGAUGGUUCAAUGUUUUACAAUGACUUCCCUCCUCUCCCAGAUUUUCCUUGCAUGUCAUCAUCUUCAUCAUCCUCAUCGAUUCCGGCACCAGUGAAGGCUAUUAUGUGCUCCUCGUCGUCUUCUUCGGCAUCAUCGUCUUCUUCGGCGGCUUCUUGGGCCGUUCUGAGGUCAGACGCAGAGGAAGAUGUGGAAAAGAAGAACAAUUACAACCAUGAUUCAGUGGAUGCACCGCCGCCGCCGCCGUCUGCGUCAGCAGCCUUAUCGUCGACCGCCUCCAUGGAGAUCUCUCAGCCACCUUAUGACUGCCUUGAAGGCGUGGAUUGUAUGGAUCUGAUGGAGACUUUUGGGUACAUGGAUCUGGUUGAAAGCAACGAUUUCUUUGAUCCAUCGUGUAUCUUUCAAAAUCAUGAACACAACGCGCUAGAGGGUUUUCAACAAGAGCAAGAACAUCAUGAGCAGCUUCAGUUACAGAGUAACAACAACAACAACGAAGAGAUCAUCAUCCAUGAAGAGAAGGAUGAUCGGCAGCCUGAUGACAUGGCGACGGUGUUCUUGGAGUGGCUUAGAACAAACAAAGAGACGGUCUCUGCUGAAGACUUGAGAAGCGUGAGGAUCAAGAAAUCCACCAUAGAGUGUGCCGCAAAGCGCUUGGGUGGAGGAAAGGAGGCCAUGAAGCAGUUGUUGAAACUUGUACUUGAAUGGGUUCAGACUAACCAUCUUCAGAAAAGGCGCACCAAAGAAUUAGCACUAACCACCAAUUUUCAUAUUCCCAACCAAUAUUACCAAGACCUCCUCCAAAACCCUAACCCUAACCCUAAUCUGAAUUCUGAAUCAAACCCAAACCCUUGUUUCCCCACCCAGCCCCCAUGGAUUCCUCAGCUGCCGCUGCCGCCUUAUAUGUCGGAGCCGACAGCGAUAGUGGCGGCAGCUCCGCCGGCUUAUCCUUCGAUGGUUGGGUAUAUGGAUGAUCCUUACACAAAUGGCCAAAGUCCUUACCCAGCUCCAACCGAGUAUCACAUGCAGCUGGACUCCUCACAGUCAUGGCCUUCGUCACAGUUUACUCUGGUGUCUCAUUACAACACAUUUCCAGACAAUAAUAUUCACCCGGCUCCACAAGCUUUUGCCAGCUAUGGGAAUCAUCAAUACCCGUAUCAACAGUACUUUAAUGGGCAUGGAGAUAGGCUUGUGAGAUUAGGCUCUUCAGCUACUAAAGAAGCAAGGAAGAAGAGGAUGGCGAGGCAAAGGCGGUUCUUAUCACACCACAGGCACCAUCACAAUCACCAUAACCAGCAAAAUCAGCACCAGAACCAGAAUAUUACAGAUCAGCAUGCAAGGCUUGGGAACGACAGUUGCACCACCGCCGCAGUAGCUCAGCCCAGUCCUGGCAACUGGGUGUAUUGGCCGCCCUCUGCUGCCGUUGGGGCUAUUUCGGCCUCACCGGUGAUGCCAAUGGAGGUGGCAAUGGGACAUCUGGCAGAUCGGACGGCCAUGCAACCGCAGAAUGUGCAGGGUAGGGUUGCACCAGACAGACGGCAGGGAUGGAAACCUGAGAAGAACUUGAGGUUUCUUCUCCAGAAGGUAUUGAAGCAGAGCGAUGUGGGUAAUCUUGGAAGAAUUGUGUUGCCAAAGAAAGAAGCAGAGACCCAUCUUCCAGAAUUGGAGGCAAGAGAUGGCAUUUCUAUUGCCAUGGAAGACAUAGGGACUUCCCGUGUAUGGAACAUGCGCUACAGGUACUGGCCGAACAAUAAGAGCAGGAUGUAUCUGCUUGAAAACACUGGAGAUUUUGUGAGGGCCAAUGGACUCCAAGAAGGAGACUUCAUCGUCAUCUACUCAGACGUCAAGUGUGGCAAAUAUAUGAUACGAGGAGUGAAGGUACGGCAACAGGGGCCUAAACCCGAGAGCAAAAGGCCUGGAAAAUCGCAGAGAAACCAGCAUGCAAGUUCAACCACUCCAGCUGGUGCGUCAUCUUCACCCGCCGCACACAAAAAGCUGUGA